CGGGUCUCCUCGCGACCUGCGCCCUGGCGAGCCUGGCCUGGGCUUAAAGCAGGCCCGGGGGCCAGUGCAAGGUCUUCACCAGUCAGAGACUUUGAGUCUCAGCUAUUUCCUGGAGGUCUUGGUGAGCGUUCAGACCUUCAUGCCCCGGGCCAAGCUUCUGGUCAUCAGCAGUGUUGUGCACCUGCAGCUCUGUGAUGAGAUCAAGCCACCCAGCCCAGAGCACAGCACAGAGCUGUGCUACUGCACCAUGCUGCAGGCCCAAAUUUGUCCAGAAGAGAUGAUCGUGUUCCUGCAGUCUGAGUUAGCAGUGGGCGUGAGGCCGGUCAUGUGGCAGCCAUGGAUUUGCUGCAAGCUCUGGUCUGCUCUGAUGCCCCUCAGAUCGAGGGAGAAGCUGCCCCUGGCUGUGAUGGCUGUGCAGUCUGUGUGCUGUGGCCCAGGUGACAGGAAACCUUUGUGCUGAGGAAGCCCAGGAAGAAAAGGCUGUUCAGUGCCUGCGUGCCCAUGUCCUGGGCACGCUGGACCUCUCUGCCAGAGGGGUGGCCAAACCGCUCUGCCAGCUCCCCAGGCCCUGCAGGCUCGCCUGCUGGUGGUGGUGGUGGCUCUGUGCGUGGGUGGUGGCUGUGGAGCUGCGGCCCUGCAGCUGCUGCAGGAGCUCCCCGGCACGAUCCACGGAGCCGUGGGGGCGAAGUGGGCCGCAGACAUCCCCCUGCUGCUGCAGCACCUGGCAGGAACAACAGCGAGCUCCCUGGACGUGGCCGAGUGGGAGAGCCUUCUGCUGAAGUUCCUGCAAACCUCUCUGGAGCUCAUUGCGAGCGAGGCCUGGACCGUGGGCCUGAGCCAGGAGCUGAGCCGGCAGCUGGGCAGCUCUCCCCGCCUGUCCUGGGAGAAGUGGUUCCUGUGCAGGGCUCUCUGGCAGCUUGUCAGCGUCUCAGCCACGUGCAAGAGCAGAUAGUGAAAUAUCUAAGAGAGAAACUACCUGGAGCUGUGGGUGGCACAGGGAAUCACUUCUGUUUUGUCCCGCUGUGCCGAGAGCCAUUUCAAGCUGGCCUUGUCCUUGGUCGAGGAGUUCGCAGAGACUUUUCAACAGCAGAAGCAAACUGCCAGCAGAGCGAUGUGGUGAGGACCCACGUUGCUCACGCUGUGCUUGUGGUGAUCUACGGCGGCAUGGUGCUGCAUGCCCCCAGAGAGCAGCUCCUCACCCGUGUCAAGAGAGACGUCGUGGGGAACAUCCUGUGGCUCUACUGAGAGGGCUGCCAGGUAGGCACUCGGGGUGCAGGCCAGAGCCAGCCGGGUGCCGCCAGCUCCGGCCUCUCCUCAGCCUUCUC